AUGGCGGCCGGGAUGGCGGAAGAGCACAUGGAAGGAGGCAGUUCGCUGAGGCGUCCCGAAUAUCACUCUCUCCAGUGGAUGUACGGCUGUGAGCUGAGAGAUGAUGGCAGUACCAAGGGAUAUAGUCAGUUCGGUUUUGAUGGGAAGGAUUUCCUAGCUCUGGAUAUCGAGCGUGGGGUUUAUAUUCCACUCACAGACAUGGCUCAGGUUACUGCACAGAAAUAUAACAGCCCAGAGGAGAAACUGGGGGAGAGACAUAAGUUUGACCUGGAGAAUCUGUGCAUUCAAGGGCUAAAAGAAUGCAUCCGUUAUGGCAAGGAGGAGCUGGACAGGAGAGUUAAACCAGUGGUGAAGGUUUCAGAUCAGAAAUCAAACGGAACCACAAAGCUUCUCUGCCAGGUGUACAGGUUUUACCCCCGGGGCGUGGACGUGAAUUGGAAGAGAGAUGGCAUUGAGGUUCCCUCGUAUGAAGCCAAACAGGUUCUUCCCAAUACUGAUGGCACUUACCAGAUCACAGUUACUGUGGAAGUACUGCCAGAGGAGAUGGACAGACACUCCUGCCACGUGGAACACAUCAGCUUGGACAAAACACUUAUUGUGGAGUGGGAGCCAAAGUCAACCCCCAUCUCUGGGAUAGUGAUUGGUGUUAUUGUCGUUCUUGGAGUGAUUGGCGCUGGUGCAGGAUUUGGGAUUUGGCAGAAUCGUUCAGGACAAAAUCGCAAUUCUUCUCCAACGCUCUGAAAACAGCUGUGGUCAUUACGGCUAGUUCCCUAUAAGGGUAACAUAUAGCACCU